GAAUCUAGGGAAUUUUGGCCUUGGAAUCCGUGGUGGUUGGAAUGAAAAUGGCCCCCUUUUGCCCAUAGGAAGUGGUACUAUUAGGAGGAGUGGCCUUGUGGAGUAGUUUGGCUGUGUUGGACAAAAUGUGUUACUAGGGGGUGGGCUUUGAGGUCUCAGAAGCUCAAGCCUGGUCGUUGUGUCACUCCCUGCUGCCUGCAGACCCAGAAGUAGAACCCUCAGCUACCUCUCCAGCACUUCAGUCGGCCUGUGUGCCGAUAUGAUUCCCAGCAUGACGACAAUGGACUAAAGCUCAGAACAGCAUGUGACUGACUUUCAUUACUUGGAUUCCCGGAAGUUAUUAAAAAUUACAGCGUAUAUCUGAGGUGACACUGUGCAUAGAGGAAGUACGGGGACCUGUGGCCACACACCUGUCAGGAACCAAAGGGUUAGGCAUGGAGCAGCCAUUCGUGUUGUGCGAUGAUGAAGAGCAGGAACCCAGUCAAGCCCCUGACGAGGAUGCCGAGCUAAUCUUUGUAGGGGUUGAGCAUGUACAUGAUGACUCUGAACUGAUAUUUGUCGGCGUGAGUUCAAAUUCAAAACCUUCUAACUCGAACAUUUUGAACAGAGUCACUCCAGGUUCACGGCUGAAAAGAAAGCGGAAUCGCCUUAGAGCAGCUGCUACUCAAAGACCGCAGCCCUCGGGUCCUGCGACCCCCAGCUCAGACACAGUGAUUGUCCUGCCGGCAUCUCCAGCUGAGUCAAGGUCAACAGAUAGUCCCAUUAUUAUUGAGCCUUUGUCCGAACCCGACUAUAGAAGUACUUCACCACAAAUUGUGCCUGAUAGUUCUCCAGAGGGCUCCCCUUUGGUUACAGUCUCAAGUUCGAAGCACAGUCCCGUAAGGGCAGCACUUUCAGUAGGAGAUUUGAAUGAGAGUUCUUAUGUAUCGAAGUGCCAUUCUACUUCCGGAGCAAACGUCGUGAAUCCGCAGAGGCCUGGGCUUGUUAUUGAAAUAGUAGAAGAACACUCUUCGGCAUCGCCCCCUUCAGGCACUUUCCAUACCUCGAAUCCUCAACCGAGUACACCCGCCAGCCACGUUCCCGAAUCCUUAAACCGUGUUGUGAAUGGAGAGCACUCUGUCGGUGCCAGUCCUACAAAUGUGCACCCUCGCCAGGAAAACGGCUUGGCACAAGUGGGCUUUCCAAGUGUGGCAACUCAAGAAACGUCUGAUCCCAAGAAAGGGAGUUUGACAUUGUUACUCAGCGACUUUUACUAUGGACAGCAUAAAGGAGAUGGGCAGCUAGAACAGAAGACUCACACGAUCUUCAAAUGCCCCAACUGUUUGAAAGCUCUAAAAAACGUCAAGUUUAUGAACCACACCAAACACCAUGUGGAGCUCGAGAGGCAAGGCAACGACGGCUGGGAGAACCACACCACCUGCCAGCACUGCCACCGGCAGUUCACCUCGCCCUUCCACCUGGAGUGCCACGUCGACCGCGUGCACACCGCCCCCAACCCCGCGACGGUCUGCAAAAUCUGUGAGUUGUCGUUCGAAACAGAUCAAGUUCUUUUACAGCACAUGAAGGAUAACCACAAGCCCGGGGAAAUGCCCUACGUGUGCCAGGUCUGUAAGUACAGGUCAUCCGCCUUCGCCGACGUGGAGUCACAUUUUAGAAAGUGCCAUGUGAACACUAAGAACCUACUCUGUCCAUUUUGUCUUAAGAUUUUCAAAACUGGAACUCCGUACAUGUGUCAUUAUCGGGGCCACUGGGAAAAGAAUGGGCACCAGUGUUCCAAAUGUCGGCUACAGUUCUUAACCUUCAAGGAGAAAAUGGAGCAUAAGACCCGGUGUCACCAAAUGUUUAAGAGGCCGAAACAUCUGGAUGGGUUGCCCCCUGAUACAAAGGUUGUUAUUCAGGUGUCAGCGGAGCCUGCUGAGUCAGAAUCUGUGAAAGUAGCAUCAAUCACUGUGAGCACAACUGACUGGGAGCCGUCUUCUCCCAAAUCUCAAGGUAGACCUUCAAAAAGGUCCCACUAAUUCUAACCCAAGUGAGCACCCCACGCCCUUCAUGAAGAUAGAAGUACAAACUAUACACUUGCUGUUCCUUAGGAACCAGGAUGAUGAACUGAUACCUAAAUGGACUGGUUUUUUUUUUCCCUUAAUUUUGUGAUAAUGCAGGGUUUUUGUUCAUUUGUUUUUAUUUUAUUUUGUGAGGGUUUGUUUUGUUCUGUUUUAGUGAUGGGGGCUGGAUCCAAGGCCUCACAAAUAAUAAGCAAGUUCUCUACCACCCCAUUCUCUGACCUAUAGUAUUUUCUGAAUGAACAGUAAGUGUUAUUUAAAAUGUGUCUGUUUUCAUACUGUUAGGCUCAAAACAAGGAGCGUCCUUGGGCCUGUAUCCUUGUGAAUGGAAAACGGAAGUGAAACCUAUUUAUUAGUAUUUCAUGUGACUCCUAAGCUUGAGAGCUCUUCUACAUGAAAGUUUGGGGUUUGGUGGGGCUCACAAGGCCCCGCUUCUCUUUGAAGAUCUAUAGGUAGCUAACGUUUGCUCUUCUUAAAUGGUUUAGCAUGGGUAAGUGGACAGGCACACAUUCAUUCCAGUCUUGGAGCCAAAGAAUGAAUACUGCCUGAACAUCUUUACCCAAAAGAAGAUCUAAGGAGGCCAAGCCCUUCUUGUAAAAUGCCCGCGUUUUGUGAAAAGCCCCUACAAAUACAGAAAGCACAGCUGUGCGUCCUUAGUGCCAUGUGAAGCAGCAACAGCGGUUCGUAGUGUCCACGAACUUCCUAUCGCCUGCUACUUAGGGUGUUUGGACUCAUGCGCUCUUCUCCCCGUUUGGGCUAGCUGUGUUUGAAGAGUGACUGGCCACAUCCUAUGGGACACAGCAGUAAAGCGCACUGUCUUUCUCCUGUGGAAAGAAGCCUUGGGAUUUAUAGCUUGAAGUGUACUGAACCUUCAUUGUAAUUGAAAAGGUUCAGAAAAAUGGCAUCUGUCCAGUCUAUGACCUGGGCUGGAUUUUGUUCUACUUUUAAGCUGUAAUAGGGACUUGCCCAAUGAUUUUGGACAUCACACACACACACACACACACACAAAUCCAGGGCGACUAGAAUUUACGCCCGCUGUGGAACCUUUUCACUACGUUUUUUUCGUGUGUAUGUUACAGUUAUUGAAUAUGUGAAGCUUACAAUUUGGUGAUGUGGUGCUUUUUUCCCCCACUUGGUGCUAGGGAUUAGACCCAGGGCCUUACAUGUACCAGGCAAGGGCUCUGCACUGAACUAGAUCCCUAGUCACAAUUUGUGUCUUGCCUCAUAUUUGAGUGAUUAUAAUGAAUAGCUUUCCCUUUGUUGUAUGUGUAAUUUCCCAGUUGACGACACUAAUAUUGCUUGGGUCUUACUUGAAGCACUUUUGUGCAAGAUAUGUCCUAAAUGAAGACUUGCUUUCUCCCAUCUAAUAUAUCAUACUACUUAGCUGGUUAGUUACUAGGAGGAACUACUCUCUCUUUUUGAACUGUAGGGCGCCCUCGGGAUUGGGCCCCAGCAGCUUCAGUACCAUUAGCUGUUUCUGUAAAAGUUUCCAGGACUGUCUGAGCCUGGUCCAGUGCCACCUACUGUUCCUCCAUGUCUAGCCCAGGUGCCCAGCUGCUGCUUUUCAUCAGUCAAAGAGUCUGGAUGCAUGUUGGUUAUAAGCACGGGUCUGGAGAAAUGUCCCGAGUGUCCCUUUUCUUCGUUUAAAGGUACGUGAUCUUGCUGGAGGUGGUAGCACACACUGGUGACAGAUAACGGCUCCCGGGAGCCUGGGGCAGAAGGAUGUGGAGCUCAGGGUCAGCCUGGGCUGUUGAGCAGUUCCUGGCCAAACUAACUACACAGCAAGACCCUGCCCUUAUAACCAAACAGAAGAAGGAGGCAGUGGGGGAAGGGUUUUUUAGAUGUCUGUUCCACUUUUCCUUCCUCGGUCUAGUGAAGUUUCCUGGGAGGAGAUCAUCGCCAGGCCUUGGUAUCUCUGUUAAGAUUGAGAGAGAUGAGAGGUGGCCGGUAUCUUCUGUUGUAUUUAUUUGCCCUGAUCCAUUGAUCGAUGGUGAUCUGCAUCUUCAAUAUCUCGAUAGGCCUUUGCAAUGAGUUUGCUUAGGCCAAGGCACACUAACUUUACCCCUGUACCUUGCCUUUAGACGUGGAAAGUGUUGUUUGUCCCACUUGUUCUGGUGGGAAAAUCCUACUGUGUGUGAAUGGAUCUGCAGACUUGUGUUCUGUCUACAGUGAAAAUAAGAACCACCUUAGGCCUGUGUUUAGUGGGACCUCAGUGUCACCAGCACCAUCGCUUGUAGUUUGCUUUUCCACUAAAGCAUGCUCCUAAGGAGGAGUAGUUGCUGUCUACUGCUAAGGGAGGCCCCAGGGGUCUGGCUCCUGCCUACCUAUGGCUCCCGCCUGCUGCCACUUCCCAGCCCAUCUCCCCCCUGCUUCCCAUCCUGUCUCUCCUCCGCUGCACUAUUCUGACCUAUUGUAUCAGCCUGGUUCCUCCUGAUGCCAAGGCUGCACAGGCUGCUUCCCUUCCUCACAGUGUCCCCUAAAGCCUGCAUGGCUCUACCUCACACAUGGUUUAUCAAGCUUGUCAGGGUUUUUAGAGUGACUAGAAAUUGCCCCUGCUUUUGAAGUCCUGUUCAUCCCUUCUCUCUGAGGGCAGUUCGCCCCUCGGUGCACCUCUCUUCCCUCUGCAGUCUUGCCAAGUUUCCUAGUCACAGAACUUCAGGAAGAAAUAAAUCAUUAGCAAGAGCUUUGGUUCUGUCUUAGAAGUGAGCUAGCUUAAGUCCAUUUCUGUGCCUAUAACACAAGCGUAGUCUUCGGAAGCUUUCUGUUUUCUAUUGAUAGCUCUGUCUAUUUUUAAAGCAAUGUCACUUUGUUUUGUUUACACAUGUACAAAGUAUCUGUCAAGAUUACUAUUUUGUUACUCUGUGAAGUCUGUUGCUUCUUUUUCAAAUAAAAGUUAUUAUUUUGUUAAUGUUGCCAAAGUUAUUUAUAAGAAAUAGCAAUUAGAGAAAUAAAGCAUUUUGUGAAAAUC